GAUAAUAUAUGCUACAGGGGCCGUGAAGCUUUCUGAAGAAAAUGAGGAGUCACUAAGAAACUAAUCAUGGAAGGAUUGAUCAAAAAAUUAAAGACGAAAAGAUCAAUGAGCAGCCUUGCAUUGCUGAAGCUAACAUGUCUGCUGGUUUUUCUUGGAUGGAUGGUGGUAUGGAUUGUGUUACCUUUGGAAGUUUUCAAGUAUAAUUGGCUUCCCAAACUAGCAGAAUCCUUCAAUCCAACAUACAUUGGAGAGCAAGGAGUAAAUCUUUUCUUCCUUACAUUUCCUGUGAUGUUGAUCGCGGUUCUCGGCUGCUUUUACCUUCAUCUGAAGGAUAAAAGAGAAUCUUCCUUGGAAAGGACUUCAUCACCUCAGACGCAUCUGGCAAUGUUGAGACGUCCUCUUCUAGUUAUGGGACCUCUAGGGGUGGUUACAGCAAUGGAACUCGUGUUUUUGAUUAUGGGGAUCGCACUUGUGUGCUGGCAUUUUGGCCAUUAUUAUUAUGUCAGUGUUAAGCAUCCAUUCAUGGGGCAUGGCCGUGAGCAUCAAAAAAAGUGGCAAAUUACAUUACGGACUGUGUCACUGAGACUUGGUUAUGCCUCAAACAUAUCCUGGGCCUUUGUGUUCUUCCCUGUAAUACGAUUGUCGUCACUUUUGCCUUUGGUUGGUCUCACAUCUGAGUCUAGCAUCAAGUAUCAUAUAUGGAUUGGGCAAGUAGUCAUGAUAACUUCAGCGUUACACAGUGCUGGAUUUUUCAUCUACUGGGCUAUAGUUAGCCAAUUGUAUCUGGCACUUGAAUGGAGCAAAACUCAUGUGUCAAAUAUAGCAGGAGAGAUAUCUUGGGUUUUCUUGAUAGCAAUGUGGAUAACAAGCUUUGCAUACACCAGAAGAAAGUCGUUCGAAGUCUUCUUUUACACUCACCAACUUUACGCCCUAGCCACCUUUUUCUACGUCGUGCACAUAGGAGCUGCCUGGACGAUGCAACUCCUUCCUGGAAUUUACCUCUUCACACUCGAUCGAUACCUAAGGUUCUUACAGUCACGCUCUCGUGCAAGGUUAACCUCAGUUCGCGUUCUUCCGGGUGGGACUGUGGAGAUGACAUUUUCCAAAAGUCGAGGUUUACGUUACAAUGUCGCAAGUAACUUAUUCGUGAGUGUGCCGAAAAUUUCCUCGUUACAGUGGCACCCUUUUACUGUGAGCUCAAAUGAUAACAUGGAACCUGAUAGGCUAAGUAUUGUGUUCAAGACUGGAGGGAGUUGGACAACCAAGCUAUACAAAGAACUGUCAUCUUCUUCUCUAGACAGGCUUGAAGUGUCUGUUGAAGGGCCAUAUGGUCCAGCUUCUACCAGCUUCAUCAAGCAUGAAAGUUUGGUGUUGAUCAGUGGAGGAAGUGGUAUGACCCCAUAUAUAUCCAUAAUUCGAGAGAUUAUACAUCAAUCAAAUACCCAAAAAGGCAAAGUACCAAAAGUUGUCCUUAUAUGUGCCUUCAAGCAUGCGGCUGAUCUCACCAUGCUCGAUCUCUUGCUUCCUGCUGAGAGCUCUCCAGCUGAUCUUUCAAAUAUCCAACUUGAAAUUCAGGCAUACGUGACUCGAGAGGAUCAAGCACAACCUGCAUCCAAUAGCCAGGAUAUGUUAGUUCAUACCAAGUGGUUUAAACCUAGCCCAUUAGACUCACCCAUCACUCCGGUUUUGGGACACAACAGUUGGCUCUGCCUUUGCCUCAUUAUCGCGUCUUCCUUUGUUCUGUUUCUUAUCCUCCUUGCCAUAGUGACUCAAUACUAUAUCUACCCCAUAGAUAAAAACACCAACAGCUUAUAUGACUUCACUAGCUGGGUUGUCUGGGAUAUGUUUCUUAUGUGCAUUAGCAUUAUCUUCAUAAGUAGCAUUAUCUUUUUUAUUCAAAAGAAGAAAAUGGCCGCGUUAGAAGAGAAGCAGAUCAUGAAUGUGGAGGUGCCUACGCCAAUGACUUCUCCAGGAUCUUGGUUAUGUGGUGGGGGCGGGGAGCUCGAAAGUCAUCCCUAUCAGUCUCUUGUUCAAGCUACUCAGGUGCAUUAUGGAGGAAGGCCUAAUCUCCAGAAAAUAUUGCUGGAGUCCAAAGGAGACGAUGUGGGAGUCAUGGCUUCAGGACCAAGGGGAUUAAGACAUGAUGUUGCAAGAAUUUGUUCAGGGUGUGGUGCAACCAACCUGCAUUUCGAAUACCUUAGCUUCAACUGGUGAUUCUGAUCGCGCUGCAUAGUUUGAUUUGCAUGCUUUCUAUACUUGUUUCUUAAUUCUUUCUUUUGUUCUUUUACCAUAUUGAAAUGUCUUGCUUAAGAUUUUGUAUGUAAAUUGCAACCAGGCUCAACAAUUAAAGCAGUAAGUAUAAUUUUUUUGUAUAGCAAUUUUCUCAUGGAGUAUUGAUCUUGAUUAUGGUGAUAUGAGUCAUAUGACGAUUUGUUUGGACUCAA